AUGACAUUAUCAGUUAUGGCAAAUAUAAUACUUUUCUGGAAAGUGGCCAAAGCUAGAGCCCAACUGAUCACUUUUCAGAGAAGUGGAGUCUCAUAUAAAGCCGAGUUAUCACUGAGUAUUACUACAGUAACCAUGAUACUGUUUUAUGUGAUCAAUGGAACUUUCGUUGUAAUGUACAUUCUUUACUACGGAAAAGCGGCUUACUUCACCCACCUUGUUACUUUAAAAUCCUUCGCUAACGACCUACAAACUUGUGUAAUUCCAUGGAUCUUCUAUUUGACUCAUCCGGUGUUUAGGAAAAAGACGAUCACAACUUCUGAUGUUUUUGUUUCGACGAGUUCUUUCAAAAGACGAGUUAUGAAUUGA